UAGAAGUUUUCAAAGUUCUGUCCUUACUGUAAUGUAAUGUGGCAUCACACUGGCUGUGCUCUGAUGAUUUGCUAGUCAUGCAUUGUUCCUGUCUCAUGACAUCAUUACUGUACUGGGAUUUCUCCUAUGGCAACAAUCUGAUGAAUAGUCUUGUUUAGAAGAUGAAGAAGAAGAAGAAGCGGGAGCUGAAUGCAGUUUUCCAGUCCAGGAUAGGGACAAGUUCCCGCUUCACUGCUCUCUUACCAGAGCGGUCACUGCGUUCAGGGGAAUUAUCGUCUCCACAGACUCGCAUUUUCAAUGUCAAGCUGCAUGUGGUGGAGACUGAUGAGUCCGUUAUAGUGCCCGAAUGUCAACAUGAGUUAACCAUAAGGAAUCUGAAGAGCCGGAUGGAGCUCAUGCUUGGGAUUCCUGUGAAUUUCCAGCGACUCCAAUAUCUGGAUGAAGUGGAUCUUGAUGAUAACUCUACAUUUAAAGAGAAUGAUAUUAUCCCUGGAGGAACUCUCACCAUGCGAAUCUGGCCAGAAGAUGCUUGGGGACUUUUGGUGUCUGCAGCUGCAAAAGGAAGGAUAGAAAAGCUGGAACAUGUAGGAGCAACAAGUACCUCUUUAUUUAGCACAGCUAAUGCAGAGCUGAUGGGACCAGAAGAGAAGAGCGAAUGGUUAGCCCACCGAGCAUUUGUGGCCUUGCUUAUUACCGUGCGCAGAGGCAACCUAGAAGCUGUGGAAUUUCUGCUUCAAAAUGGUGCUGAUCUGAAACGUAAAACACCACUAGGUAGAACAGCCCUCCAUGUUGCCGCCACCUCUGACCAAAUUGAUUGUAUAGAUAUUCUUCUUAACUACGGGGCCAAGUUUAAUCAGGAAGACCAGGAAGGAUAUACCCCGGCAGCCAUAGCUCGCCAGUGGGGACAGAAAGAAAGUGAGCGCAGGAUCUUCCGGUACCAGUGGAAGAAGCAAACUGUUGGAGCUAAGAAGCAAAAAUUGAAAGAGACUGCAGGGGUGUCAUUCCAACGCUAAGAUGCAAAGGCAUGAAUGUCAUUGAAUCUUCCUGUCAGAAAUAUGGGCUCAGGCAGCUUAAAUACAAGAUUUUAAAGGAAAGAAAAGAAUGGCUGCAUAAAGGAUGGCUGUAUGCAUGAACUGCCAUUAGUACAUGGGGACUGCAUGAGCCACAAAAUGCCUACAUAGGAGUGAAAGUGACUACCCCAAGACAUGCACUUCUAUAUAUUAGGGAUCUGUCCUGUAGGACUCUUGGAAACAGGGUUGUCGGGUGUACCUCAGAUGCUGAGACUUCUGGGCCAAAACAUAGCUUCAUUUCCUAGUGAUGUCAUUAGGUAUGAUACACUGAGCAUCAACCACAGUUUCUCUGAGGAUGUCAUUGAAACAAAAAUCACAAAGUCUUAAUAAAAAAAAUUAAAUGUUUUUUCUGUUUGAAAAUUUGUUUGAAGGAGGAAUGAGAUGAAGGG